AUGUACUACAAAUUCAGCGGUAUCACGCAAAAGCUGGCGGGUUCAUCUCCGUCGACGGCUUACGCCCCACAGGGUUUGAAGCCAGUCAUUCCGGCCGAAUCAUCCUCAAUGAUCUUUGCCACACCUACCAAAGUGGUGUCAGAAGCGAAGCCUGUUGUGGAGUACUUGGGGACCAAUAAGGUGCCUGACCUCCAGAGGAUAUUCCAGAAACCUGAUGGCAUCCCCAUUCACCUGAAGCGCGGCUACCCCGACCGGCUGCUUUACCGCACCACCAUGGCCCUGACCAUAGGGGGCGCGCUCUACUGCCUGGUGGCCCUCUACAUGGCAGCCCAGCCUAGAAACAAGUGA